AUGUCUACUUUCCAAGCAGUCAACACCACAUUGUCGGUCCCAGAUGCGCCACAGGGCCGCCCGGGUGACGAGACGACGCCAACUACUCCUCGACCGAACAGCAGGUUCUUUGCCGAAUCGAAAGCGACCGAAGAGAUCCGUGCCGAAGACCCAUCGGCUAAGACACCUACACGCAACACCUUUGCGGGACUUGUUGGUCAGCGACCACUGCCCUCGUCGCCGUUUACACCCGGCCGCGAGCUGAGCGAGACACCUUCAGCUUCGAACAAGAGCGAACAAAGUAGAGAGGACUCGCACAGGCCAACAACCUCGGGACAAGACGUGCAUAUGGGUGAUGGGGAUGAUGACGAGAAAGACGGGUCGGACAACGAUAGCGUAACCAGCGAUUCCAACCGGCCGUCUAAAAAGAAGAAAGGACAACGCUUCUUUUGUACCGACUUUCCGCCGUGCAAUCUAAGCUUCACGAGAAGUGAGCAUCUGGCACGACACAUUCGGUACGUAGCUCACUAUGCGGCACGCUACAUUGCUAACACACUGCAGUAA